UACAUAUUAUAUCAAAUAGCAAAAUAAUUUAAAAAGUUGUUUCAAAUUAUUUUCUCCUAUGUUAUUUAUUUUAUUUUUGAAUAGGUUUAUAAUGUCACUUUGAACAUUAUUACGUGUUAAUCAUAUGUAUAAUUGAUCCGUGUCAAAAUGAAUAAAAAAGAGGAAAAGUUGUCCAGAAAUAUGUUGACGGCAGAGCAACUUAUUCAAAAUAAAGGUAUUAAAUAUCAAACUUGGAAAGAAUGGGAAGAAUCCAAAAAAGUAUUACCCAAAUUUGGACAAAAACAAUUUGAACCUAAUAACUCUUGGUUAGAAAAUAUUCAAAUUGAGAAGGGUAUUAAGAAUUGUAGAGAUUUGUUGAAUAUCGAAAGAGUAGAACGUAUUUCUCAAUUAGCAGUUGCAGAAUGGUUAUCUGAUAGAAGAAAGGCACAAGUUAUUAAAAAAUCUGGUCAGGAUUGGGGUAAUUUUGGUAUUGAAAUAAAUAAAACAUUACUUUUGUUUCCUGAAGAGGCAUUACUUCUUCUAGAAAUGAACUGUUUGGAGCUUAUAUGGAAUGGUGUAGCAUUAUCUAUUCAACAAGCGUAUGAAAUUUUAAUAGACGAUACGGAAUGUACUUUAGAAGAGUACAGAGUUUAUAGUCAAUUAACUCGCUAUGGUUACCACAUACAACGUUUUUAUUACGAGGAUUCAAUAAAAGAUGUAAUAUCUGAUAAAUCCGUUUCUUUAAAAAAAAAAGCUAUUAUGAAACCUAAGAGAGGUUUGCGUAUUGAAGGCUCCGAGCAAAGAGUGGAUCAUGAUACAAGCAAUCAACUUAAAGUAUUUGAUAAUGCCAAAGGAGAAUUAAAUAUGCUAAAAAUGAAUAGUAACAUACAGAUUGAUGAAUCUACAAAAAUUUUAAGUAAUACGUUCGAAAAAGAUAUACAAAACAUUAUCGAAAACAUUAUAAGUACAAUAGAAUGUACAAAUAAUUCUAUAUCCCUUAUUCCCGAAUAUUAUAAUACAAAAUUCAAAAAUAAUACUACAAUUUCUUAUUCUGUAAAUUUAAGUGAUAAUCAAUCGAAAUUAGAUUCAACGCACAAAAAAACAAUAAACAAAGAUGGUAAUAGCAAAAACGAUUGCAAUUCAAACAUUGAGAUUAUUUUCGAGGAGGCCUUACCUAACAAAAUCAAAGAACCAACUACUUGUUCAACAAAGAAUAGUACUACUGUACCAAAAUGGCUAGAUUCACGUAUACAACGUAAUGUAAAAUUACUCCCAAAAAGAAGUGAAAUAUCGUUGGCAAUUAAUAAUAAAUCUGAAUGUGCAAAUGUUGAUAAAAAUAAUUCUCUUAAGAGGAAAGAACUACUCUCUUGUAAAAAUGAUUUAGAAAAUAAGAAAUCGAAAUUAGAGGUGGUUGAACUUUCUGAUGAUGAAAUUCAGAUAGUUGUCCCUACUCUGACAAGAAUAGAGAUGCUUGAGUUACUACCAAAUAUUGCUUCUGAAUCAAUUAUUACACAACAGAUUUCACGUAACUAUAUACCUCAUACAAUAAAGCUUCAUAAAGAUAUUUAUCAAUAUGAAACAAAAAGAUUAAGAAGUUUAUCAGAAAUUGACAAUAAAAUGCGCUCGAAAUAUUCUAAACAAAAUUUACAAGAAAAACCACAUAGCUCUAGUACCAGUUCACAGUUACCCAAUAAUAGAAUUCCAUUUUACCAUCAAGCAUACUGGCAUAAUAGAGGUCCGAUUAUUCAAGAGAGCCUACAUCAUAAUAAUUCUCAUGCCUUCAUGUUUGGAAAUUCAGGCCACUUCAGACCUUUUAGGAAUACUAUACAACAAAAUAGAUCGAUCAAUGCAUCUCUGGGAAAUGUUAGAAGUGAAAAAAAUGAGUAUCAAUCAUCAUUCAAAGUUUUACCAAAUGUCACUUCAUGGAAAGAGUUAAAAAAAAAAUGGUAUGACGAAAAAACAAUUACUAUAGAUGACGAAGAUGGUACUAAUAACGAGAACACUGAAAGCACAGAAAUAGAGAUAGUAAAGGAACAUAUUCCUCCUCUCAUUGGUUCAAAUAAUGUAUCGAGUUUUACAGAAAUUUAUAACAAGCUUAGGAUAAUAAAAAAUGCAUCAGAAAAAAUAGUUAGAAGAAAAAGAAGCGAAUUGAAAAUAUCAUAUAAUGUUUAUUCAAAUACUCAGCAUUAUAGAAAAGCCAAUCCAGGCGAACCACUUUAUCGACUGGUUGUCAUAAGACAAAAAGAAUGUCCAUUUUUCCAACCAGUAGAAUUAAAUCGUUUGCAACAAGAUGCUAAGGGUACGGCGAUAAUGUUUGCCGUUGUAUCAAUGUCGAUAUCUUUGCAGGUUUUAGGCGCUGGAUCUGGACCAGGAUGCACCUCUUUAAUUUUAAUUACAGAUCAUAAGAGAUAUUUGUUUAAUUGCGGAGAAGGGGUACAAAGAUUAUUUGCAGAAUACAAAAUUAAAUUGAGCAAAAUAGAACAUAUAUUUAUUACAUCAGCGAUCUGGAAAAACAUGGGUGGAUUGCCAGGAGUAGUAUUAACAAUAGCACAUUUGAAUGAAGAAACUAAAUCUUUAUGUCAUAAUUUUUUCAAAGUUACUUCUCCUGUAGGAACUAAACGAAUGUUACAAAUUUUGAAGGAAUCUAACAUUGUGAAAAAUUUAACGGUUACCGUUGAUGAACUUACUAAGAAUGAUGCAAUUAAAGAGUAUAAUGAUAAUUUGAUGACCGUUUCAUGCGUUCUGAUAUAUCCAAAUAUAGACAAUAAAUAUGAACAUAUAUCUGAAACGAUAACGGAUAAUGACACAGAUGACACAGAUACUUCUCAUAUUAAUAAAAAGAGAAAAAAUAAUGAAAGUAGAAAUGAGAAAAGAAUCAGAUCAUCAGAAAAAGAUAUUGUACCUGUACUAUCCUAUAUUUGUAAGUUAAACGACAAGCUAGGUUCUUUAUGUUUAGACAAAUGUCUUGCUAAAGGCUUAAAACCUGGUCCUAUAUUAGGAUUACUUAAAAAUGGUAAAGAUGUCACUUUAGAUGAUGGGACUGUUGUAAAACACGAGGAAGUAUGUCUUCCAAAGCAAAAGGGCCCAGUAUUUUUAGUUGUCGAGUGUCCAAGUGAAGAAUAUGUAGAAUCAUUUGUAAAUCAAACUGCUUUUGAGAAGUAUCAAGAACAAGCCUCUAAUGAUGAUAAGCCAUAUUGUAUAAUACAUUUUACACCACAGAAGAUAAUUGAUAAUACAAAAUAUAAAGAAUGGAUGAAUAAGUUCGAUUCAAAUACUUAUCAUUUAAUAAUAAAUGAAAACAACACUUGCUUGGGUAGCCAGGCAGUAUUCAAACAACAAUAUAUGUUGAAUGUAUUGCAUCCUAAAAUAUUUCCUUCUUUGCAGUCGAAUUGUUUUCAAAAUAAAUUAAAUGUAGAAUGCCAGAAUGCAAAUACAGAAAAAGAAAAUACUCCAGGAAUAUAUUAUGCUAAAUCAUUGCAAACUAUUGAAUUGAGACCUACGCGGAAAUUCGAUAGCAACAGUAAGAUUUCAAUUGAUCAAGAAGCUUACAUCAAUGAGUUAAACGAAAUAAAUGAUUUUCCUAAAAUCCUGGCGGAACUUCAUUCUAAAAUUGAUAAACAAACAAAAACAAUGCUUGCUGUGGAAGAAUAUCCUAAAUUUGUCAUGUUAGGUACUGGAUCUAGUAUACCUAGUAAAGUUAGAAAUACAAGUGCUAUUCUUGUGAGAACAGAUGAAGAUACUAGUAUAUUAUUAGAUUGUAGCGAAGGAACAUUGUCUCAAAUGGGACGUGUUUAUGGUACAACUAAAUUAAAUGAUAUCCUGGCUUCGAUUAAGGCUGUCUAUAUUUCUCAUAUGCAUGCGGAUCAUCAUUUAGGUUUGAUAGGAGUAUUAUUAGCAAAAUCCAAGGUCACAAAAGAUCCCACUUUUUUAUUAAUACCGGACACUCUUGGAUCAUGGCUAAAUUAUUGUUACGAAUAUUAUAAACCCAUUAAGGAUUAUAUUACGUUAAUAUCAAAUCAUGAUUUGUUGGACUUUAAACCUAAUACAAUAGAAAUAUCAUCCCUUAAAAAGGACCUAUCUAAUAAAUUGAAUGUUAAGGAAAUUAAUACUACCAUAGUAAGGCAUUGCAAUUUGUCUUAUGGAAUUAGUUUAAUCUUUAAAAAUAAUAAAAAGGUUGUCUACAGUGGUGAUACCAUGCCUUGUAAUAGCUUGAUACAACUAGGAAUGAAUUGUGAUUUACUUAUUCAUGAAGCAACUCUGCAGGAUGAAUUAUCAAACGAAGCAAUAUUUAAAAAACAUUCGACCAUGUCCGAAGCCAUCCAAAUGGGCGAGAGAAUGAAAUCACAUUUUACUUUAUUAACACAUUUUAGUCAAAGGCAUACGAAGUUACCUAUCAUUCCUGAAAAUACCAAUCUUGAUCUAAGCAAAGUCGGUAUAGCAUAUGAUUAUAUGCACUUUAAUUUUUCACAACUAAAAUUUCUACCUCUUUUAUAUCCUUGCCUAAAGACUAUAUUUCAUAAUUAUAUGAUAUUAACGGAAGAACGUAUGAUAAAAAAAUUACAAAGUAAAAUAAAAUAUCAAAACGAGUAAAAUAAAAUAUCAUCGUACAUGAUGAAAUAUUUUUCUAAAUUUUUCUUAUUGAAUAUACUUCAUUUGCCAUUAUUAUUAUUAUUAUUAUUAAUACUUUUGGUAUAAGUGUAGUUGUUUGAAUACUUUUUAACUUAAAGAAUAUGUUUCCUUAUAAGUAAGAACAAGCUUUGUAAUGUAAAAUGAAGUUUAUAGUUUUCAUGUUGUAAUUUUUAAACAUGUAUCAUUCCUUCGUCACAUACUUCAAAACCAUAUUAACGCUUACGAGAUAGACAAUUUACAAAGAGUUAAAAUAUAUAAUAUAUUCAUUUA